GAGUUCAGAAGAAGGCUGUCCUCACUGGCAGGCAGGCAGACAGACGCCCACAUGAGGAAGUGGUUAUGCUUCUUAAACAGGAAGGGGAGAGAACGCUUUUUUCUUCUGUAAUAAAGAGUAAAGAAAUAGUUGAGUUUCAUUAAGAGCCAAGCCAGCGUUUGUGUUGACUGCUCAGAGUCCACGAACUGAGGCUUUUCUUUAACAUCUCACUCUACGCUGCAUCUCAGGGACGUUCUGGUUCAACCGUUUCCAAGAGUCUCCAGUCAUGGCUUACCACAGCUUUCUGCUCGAGCCCAUCAGCUGCCACGCCUGGAACAAGGAUCGGACUCAAAUCGCACUGUGCCCUAAUAACCAUGAUGUCCACAUCUAUAAAAAGGAGGGAAAUAGCUGGAACAAGAUCCAUGUGCUGAAGGAGCACAAUGGCCAAGUCACUGGUAUCGACUGGGCCCCGGAGAGCAACCGCAUUGUGACCUGUGGCACUGACCGUAACGCUUACGUCUGGACCAUAAAGGGGGAUGUGUGGAAGCCCACUCUGGUCAUCCUCAGGAUCAAUCGUGCUGCCCGAUGCGUUAAAUGGUCACCCAAGGAGAACAAGUUUGCUGUGGGGAGCGGCUCUCGCCUCAUCUCUGUCUGCUACUUCGAGCAGGAGAACGACUGGUGGGUUUGUAAGCACAUUAAGAAGCCCAUUCGCUCUACUAUCCUGUGCCUGGACUGGCACCCCAACAACGUCCUCCUGGCUGCUGGAUCGUGUGAUUUCAAAUGCAGGAUUUUCUCAGCCUACAUCAAGGAAGUUGAGGAGAAGCCUGCUCCAACUCCAUGGGGCUCCAAGAUGCCAUUCGGAGAGGUGAUGUUUGAAUCGUCUGGCACUGCAGGCUGGGUGCACGGUGUUUCCUUCUCCGAGAGCGGGAAUCGCGUUGCUUGGGCGAGUCACGAUAGCACGGUGGCUGUAGCUGAAGGAGGCAAGACUGCUGUAAUGGCCAGUCUGGCUUCAGAGACGCUUCCCCUGCUCUGUGUGACCUUCAUCACUGAGAACAGCUUAGUGGCAGCAGGCCACGACUGUUACCCUGUGCUGUUUGUCUACGAUGCUGCAAAAGGAGCUCUGACUUUUGGUGGUAAACUUGACGUUCCCAAACAAAGUGCUCAGAAGGGUCUGACUGCCAGGGAGCGUUUCCAGAACCUGGACAAAAAAGCCACGUCAGACAGCAAGGAGGCCGUGCUGGAGUCCCUGCACAAAAACAGCAUCAGUCAAAUCUCAGUGCUCGAUGGAGGGAAAGUGCAGUGCAGCAAAUUCUGCACCACUGGGAUGGACGGAGGAAUGGCCAUUUGGGACGUCAAGACCCUCUCAUCUGCCAUGAAAGAUCUGAAGAUCGUCUAAAAGCGGACUUCGUGGUAUCCUGAAGAAAAACUGAUCAUCAUGAGUGCUGGGAUACAGUUAUUAUAUAUAUAUAUAUAUGGCUGAUCAUCAAUAAUGCAACAGUACAUAGCAUUUAUUCUUCUAAAAGCAGCUGUGAUCGGACUUACAGCCCCCUGCUACUGUUUAUGACUCUUGGUACUGCUCACUUACUGAUUCUUAAUUGUCUUGAAUAAUAAUAAAAAUAAAAACACCUUAAAUAAAUAACUUUGAAUAAAAUUGUA